CCAAGGACAACAACGACUCCUCGGCUUUCAGAGCAUAACCAGGCAUCUUACACUCCUACCAAAUAGCGCCUACAAUACUCUGUAAUCUGUCUCUUUUCGCGGUGUAGUUUGUUGCACUACCGUAGACGCUAUGGGUGGAAUUGGAAAACGCAAAGUAGGCGGAGACCACAAACAUCGUAAAACAUAUAAACAGCAAAGGCGCGGCGUGUUCCAGGAGCGUCACAUCGACCAAGUGUGGGAGGACGUCAGGAAGCCGCCAGCGGUCGUUCAUGACGGGAAGACUGGCCCUUUAGGCACAACAGCAAAGUCGGAGCUUGACGAGGACGUUCCAGGGUUCGGAAAGCACUAUUGCAUUCCUUGCGGCAAGUAUUUCAACUCCGCCACAGCUCUCGCCAGCCACGAGAGUGAGCGGCCACACAAGCGGCGAGUCAAGCUGCUGAACACCACUCCGCGGCCGCACAACCAGAGGGACGCGGAGGCGGCGGCAGGCAUGGGUGCUCCGGACAACGGACCCAAGCUUAGAACGGGUGCGGCGGCUGGGGCGGCUGAGAUGGACGAGUAGCCUGGGACAGGAGUACACAGGAUUGCCUCGUAUAGGACGUAACGGCAGGAGAGGGAGCUCCUGCUGAAGGCGGGAGGUGGUUUGGGGCAGCUGCUUCAGUCUGGCAGCCUUGACAGGAUGAUGCUGCAGUGGUAGAUGGGAGCUGGUUUAGGGGGCAAGGGGGAGACAGAGGUAAAGGAAGGGAAGGGAAGAGCGGGGAGUGAGGAGUAGUGUACAUAGAGGCGUUGGCGGGGUUGCUGUGGGGCUACUAGGUCGGCUAGUCAUUGGCAGGGAUCCCCCCUGUGUUGGUCAUCCGCAUGGUCACUUGCAGGCGCAGCUUUAGGGUGUGCUGCGGGGGUUACCGGUGCCUUCAUGGAGCCAUCUGUCCAUGUAGUAAGGUUUAUGUAGUAUGCGAGGCGCCUUGCAUGGGCACAUACAGGCCCGCCCCGAAAACCGUCGUGUUUGCACCCCCAACAAGUUAUCCUCUGACUUGGAUCGCGGUUUGUUGCGCUGCGUUGCGGGUCUCACGGAUGUCAAGGGGCAAAGAUUGGUUUGGUUUGCACGCGUCGGGAGCUGUUGCUCGCAACAUGGUUAGUCGCGGGACGUGGUGAGGGAAACCGAUAAGAAGGUUGUGGGCGUGGGCUGCCUUGCCAAUAAGCAAAACGGUUGUUUCGAGUAAAGGGGGCUUUCGUUUUGGCAGAGGUUUGCGCUAUGCCGUGUAUCAUUAGUUGACCCCAGGCGUUCGGGCGACAUAAGGAGAUGACGGACGGCUAAUGUGACGGACAAGUGUGCCACUAGACACACUUGUGGCAGACACGGUGUGUGGCAAUGAAUGACUGACGGUUACAGUGAUCCCAAACCAGAAGGCAAGGGAAAGCGGACGGUGCCCUGCCCUGAGUUGCAAGGAAAAGGGCAGAGCCCCGAGCAAUGGUGGCAUGAUUUGAAAACGCUGGCCCUUGCGAGGCGGGUACAGCUUGGAGCUAUGGUAGAAGUAUAUC